GUGGAUGUCUGUUCCCUCUUCUGUCAUUUAUGUUUCUGCAGUCAAGGUUCAGUUCAACCACAAUUUAGACAUCACCCUGGAAACAAUCUUCACUGUUACUCUGUUCCAGGAGCAGAGGAAUUCUUUUGAUGAGCUCUAAGAGACUGGUAACAAUACCUCCUGAAGGGCCAGGUUGCUAGGUUACACCUUGUUUCCUUGGUCACAGUGACUGCCUGGAAGACCCCCAAAAGAGACCGCAGAUUCUUGGUGGACAGCUCUCAUAUGCCCUCCUGGGAACAUGAUGAAAAAUGUCUUUAGAAAAAUAGUUUUUUGAAGGCCAGAGGAACUUUGUACACCGGCAGGAAAUGUCUGAAAGCUCUUCAGGUCGAAACAUGAACAGUCAGGAGACUCAUCCACCCACCUCAUCAUACUGCUCCGAUCUGAGUGCGUCAUACCCUUGGUCGACACUGUCAAGGAACAGAACAUUUCAUUCACGUUCAGAUUCUGGAGUAUCAUCCCAGCUUCCGUCAGAUUCUGUUAAGCACCUCACUUGGCAGAAGGUGGAGCACCAUGACGUUCAAGGAAGUCAACUGCGUUGCCCAAGAGUAAGAGAAGGACCCCCUGCAGAAGAGCUCCUCUUCACACAGGACGAGGGGGCCUUGCCUCCACAGAAAAGAGUCUGUGAAAAAAGCCAAUGGGAAACAUGGCUGCAAGAAAACUGGGAGGACUGCAAGAAUUUGAACAUUUCAUUUCAGGAUCUGGGGGACCCUUAUCAAGUGACAAAUUUUAACAGGAUUCUUAGAAGACUAAUUCGAGUCGAAACCCUCUGGUUAGUGGAUAACUCACUGGUGGAUUUAAGUGCCAUAAGAUUGCCAAGCUGCAGAGUUUUAAACAUGAAUAAAAACCAUCUCACAUCUUUCAAACAAUUGCCAAAGAUACCGCAGAUACAGCAUUUAUUUUUGGCCGAGAACCACAUUGAGACUCUCACCGGGCUCUCCUGGUUGCAGCACACUCCACUAGAAUCCCUUGUGCUCAAGAGGAACCCUUGUGAAUUUUACCAAAAUUACCGGAAACGAGUGUUCUCCUGUUUGCCAAACCUAAAAAUGCUGGAUGGGAUCCCAAAGCUUCCAGAAGAUUCUCCAUCACCAGAAACCAAUAUUUUUUCAAAAUUAUGCAUUGUAUCUUAAUGCAAUUUGCAUAGGAAGAAAGCAAUCAGCAGUAUCUCUAAAAGCUAAUAGACACAAGAAAUGCAUAACUAAA